AACCGGACCUGCAUCCCCCAAUCCUCACUAUAAAAGCGAAGAUGUGGAGAGCUAGGGUUUCUGGUCUGCUCGGCAUCUCCGCAACUCCAUCUCUCAGCUCGGGUACACCCCCGCGUCCGCUCGCCCGCCGUCAGCGAAGAUGCCGUCGCACAAGACGUUCAGGAUCAAGAAGAAGUUGGCGAAGAAGAUGAGGCAGAACAGGCCCAUCCCACACUGGAUCCGCAUGAGGACCGACAACACCAUCAGGUACAACGCGAAGCGCAGGCACUGGCGCCGCACCAAGUUAGGAUUUUGAGGAGGGUUAGACGUAAUUUGAGCUUAUUUUUAUUGAAAAAGAUGGAGAUUUUUACUUCAUUUGCAAGACUGUGGACGAGGUUUAUGUUUGAUUUGGAGUUCAGUGGAUGGAAGUUACGUUUUUGAGCAAGUUGAAUUGUAAUGACAUUUUCCUAUAUCAUUGUCGACUGGGUUUUUCUCUUUCGUUUA